AUGACUCAGGUUACGCCUGCAAUGCUGAGCGCCCGCGCUUCGUCACUAUCAUUGCGACAACAAGCGCUAUCGUCGUCAGCUACGCUCAACAACAAUGCGACUGCGCCCCAAAAGCCCGAAUCGAAGCAAAGUUCCAAGAACUUUAUCAUUUCGGAUAUGAAGGGCCGCGAUACAAAGGACAACCGUGUAUGCGCUUCCUGUAUUACCAAGCUUGCGCCUGAUGAAGUCGGUCAAGUCAACUGGCAUCUUGAGGCUGGCCAGGCUUGUAAACUGUGUCAGGUUGAGAAGCUGGACCCUGAGUGUUUUACCAAGCCUUUCUGCGACUUUCUUCGGGAGAACCCUACGAUUUUUCACACCGUCGAUUACUUUGAGAACAAGCUGAAGGCGCUUGGAUAUGAGCAACUCUCUCCCCGCGAUAGCUGGUCGGGCAAGAUUCAGCCUGGUGGCAAGUACUGGGUCACUCGGAAUGGGAGCUCUCUUAUCGCUUUCAAAGUCGGUAAAGCAUAUAAGCCUGGAGAUGGUGUUGCUAUGAUCGGUGGCCACAUUGACGCUCUCGCCGCGAAGCUCAAGCCCGUUAGCACAAAGCCUGUCAAGGCCGGAUACAUCCAACUGGGAGCUGCACCCUAUGCUGGAGCCCUGAAUGCAACCUGGUGGGACCGGGAUCUCAGCAUUGGUGGACGGGUUAUCCUCGAUGAUAAAGAAACCGGAAAGAAGACUGUAAAGCUCGUCAAGCUCGACUGGCCUGUCGCUCGAAUCCCCACUCUUGCGCCUCAUUUCGGGGUCGGUAUGAUGGGAAACAACAACGCUGAGACUCAAGCCGUUCCUAUUAUUGGCCUAGAGAGUUCACAGCGUCCGUCUGCCGAGGCUCUUGGACCCGCUGGCUCUUUUGUCAACACUCAACCUCCACGACUGGUUGAGCUCAUUGCCAAGGAGCUCAACAUUCAAUCGUAUAGUUCGAUUGUCAACUGGGAACUCGAACUUUACGACUCCCAACCCGCCCAGACUGGUGGCCUGGAUCGGGAAUUCAUCUUCGCUGGUCGCAUUGAUGAUAAGCUCUGCAGUUGGGCAGCCCUUACCGCCCUCUUGGCAUCUUCAGAAAACAGCGACGAGGGAGGAAUAAAGCUCGUCGCCUGCUUCGAUGACGAGGAGGUAGGUAGCUUAUUGAGGCAAGGUGCGCGUGGUAACUUUCUUCCCUCUGUCGUUGAAAGGACUGUCGAGAGUCUAUGUCCAGAUGUAUAUGGACCAGGACUUCAAGGACAAACAUGGUCUGCAAGCUUCCUCGCUUCUGCCGAUGUCACACAUGCCGGAAACCCCAACUUCCUUGAGAAAUAUCUCUCUGAGCAUGUGCCAGAGCUCAAUGUUGGCGUAACCAUCACUUACGACUCCAACGCUCAUAUGACCACGGAUAGUGUCUCGGCUGCUAUUAUGGAGCGGGCUGGUGAGCUUGGUGAAUGUCGGACACAGAGAUUUCAAAUUCGAAGCGACUCUCGAAGCGGCGGAACCAUUGGGCCAGCACUAUCUAGCAUGCUCGGGGUGAGGGCUGCAGAUGUUGGCCUCCCACAACUCUCCAUGCACUCCAUCCGCGCCACUACUGGUGCAUUGGAUCCUGGCCUGGGUGUCAAGUUCUUCAAGAGUUUCCUUGACAAUUGGGAGAAGAUUGACGCUGAGUGGCACUAG